GCCUACAAUCAUAACAGUCGCGACGCUGUUCUUCACUCAUGUGUCUGAGUCUGAUUUCCAAAUUCCAGCGCUGUUUGCAAUCCGAUCACUCUGUAUGUAUAUGUGGAAAUGAAAGUUUCUGUGAAAUGAUAAAAACAUCCAUUUAAACAUGAACCGUCAAUCUUGUUCACAGCUUCUGAAUCUGUUCAAUUCAUACCAAAGAGCAAUUUCAACUACCAUCAGACCAAACAGGAACUUACGCAACAUAAUCCAAAACACCAAGACUUCGUAAAUCCUCAGAGAGCCACUAGAAAACAAUCUGACCAGAAUGCCUGGCUAUAAGACAGAUUGCCCGCGCUGCGGCAGCCCCUCUUUCAAGCGAGGCAUCUGCGAGCAUUGCGGCAAGACCGGACCACCAGACAACUUACCAGGCAGCGAAGGUUCAAUGUUCAUGUCCAUGGUUUGCUUAAUUCUUCUCAUUCUUCUUGCCAGAACUUAAGAAGCUAUGGGACUAGAUUGGACGCAUUCGCGACGGCGAGUAAGUAGUCGCUGUGGUCUAGCUGCAGCAAAUAGUUGAGUGAUUAGGAAAAGGGAAAGGGAAUUCACAGUAAUAUAGCCC